ACCAGGUACUGACUUACAUGAAUGAACGCAUCUGCCGACACAGCUGCUACAGUAGACUAGCAGGAAUCUCUCCGCUGCCGCCGCCUCGCUGCCGUCGAUCGACACUUCGAUACGCGACACGACCCACCCGUGUCCACCUAGACCUUUCCAUCGCCAUUCCCUCUGCCACUCUGCUACACUGCUCUGGGCUGUUCUGUCCUGGCAGUCCUUCCCUGUCCGCCCUGCCUGAUCCGUUCCGCCGCUGCAGGCAGUGAGUGCGUGAGGCACCUCAAUUGAGAGAGGGCGCGCGCCAUGCCGCUCCCAGGGCAGCAUGAAGAGGAUGGAGAGGGCGGAGAGGCUGAAACCGUCUCGACGGGCAGCUCGACUGUCAAUCUGCACGUCGACCACGCCGAAGCGCUGAAGAGACUGUCUACUGACGCCAGCGGGGCGGACCCUUACGACACGACAACGACAAUACUGGGGCCAGAGCGGGAUACGGGCUUGAGAAGGAUACGACAGAACCCGUCGUCACUCAGCAGGAAUCCCUCGUCGCCCAACUUGUCGCUGCUGCUACAUUCACCCACCGCCCCAAGCCCCAUGGCUGCCUCCCGAACGCCCUCCUUUGCUGCCGAGAAGAUCACAUCCACUUCACCCACCAUUCCAUUUGGUGAGGAUCUCGCCCGCUUUCCAUCCGAGUCGUUGCACUCGUUCUCUUUCGCUCAUCAGAGCACUGAAUCGCUGCACAACAGGCAAAAUGUGCUCAAACGCAGCAUAGAUUUCAUGCGCGAGAAACUCGCCUGGGCCUCAACUUCGCCUCGAAUAGCUAGUGCACAAGCCCGUCUGACAGGGGACGAGGAACUGCUCAGUAUGAUGGAGCUUCUGCAGAGAGCGAAUGUCAUCAGUCCGACCCGGAACGGGGCCGGUUCUGGUUUGGGGUUGGACAUUGGACCGCUCACGGGACCUGCACAUCUUGUCAACGAGAAUGUUUUUGAGAAGAGCUUCUUUGCUCCAGAGCAAGCAACGGAAAGUCCCACAAGUCUCACCAGCCCUGUCUCAGUUCAACAAGAUCUGUCAGUAGCCGCGCGUGCUGAGAAUCUACCAAGCACCACGAUAGGAAGUGAGGAUUUGCAACCACUUCGCACCUCGACUGCCGACGACGCAGACUUCAUUCCUAGUCUGCCCACGCGGCGGCCGCACAAGCCUGCAUUGAAACGUACGUAUACCGACACAGCUGGGUACUCACUACAGCACAAGCUCAACGAAGCCAUGUCGCAACCGUAUCAAGCUCCGAAGGCACCUGCCCCCAUCGUACCGCAGGCGUCCCCUCCACGUUCCAGUAGCAUGGUCACAGAGCGCGCGCCUCAUGGUCACAGGAACGCACAAGCUCAGGCAAUCUUCACAACAGAAGCGAAGGCGCCAUGGACGAUAACUGCUGCCAAUGAUCUGGCAUGUUUAGUGUUCGGCGUCGGCCGGGCGGAAGUGAGAAAGCUGGGCAUUAUGGAGGUCAUCAAGGAAGACCGCAGAAGCUGGCUGGAAGAGAAGCUGAGGAACCCUGACACUGGGACAGCACAGAAGCAGGCCAAACUUCAAGUAUCUUCUACUGGUAAGACCACUCCGAGUAAUAGUCUUGCGGCAAUGGGUAAUGGCAUAACAGCCAAACUUCUUUCCAAACCUUCUUCACGGCAGCAGCCGCGCAGAGCGAAGACCUCGAACGGAACAUCAACGCCCAAGGACAACCAUCAUCCUGCCAACAAAAGUAGAGGCGUCUUACUCUGCGGUGACGUUGUUCCGAUCCAGAAGAUGAAUGGAGCUACGGGCAGUGCGUCUUUCUGGGUCAAGGAGAAGGGCAGCAACCUCAUAUGGGUACUCGAAGAGAUCGCAGAGGACGUGGCUAUGCUGACCGUGGAUGAAAUUGGCCUCGUAUUACGAGGCAGCGGUGAUCUGGAAGCCAUAUUUGGUCUUGAUCGAGUGCGGAAUGGAAUGGAUGUAACACGGCUGAUACCUGGAUGGCCAAAGGUCGCCGGGACCAACACCGGAGCUAUCGACUACGAUGCUAUCGCCAAGAUCCGCAGGUUCACUGCACGAACGAGCAAUUCGAUCAACAUCCCGGUCACGAUUGAUCAGCAGCCCAGUGGAAGCAUUUUCCGGAUUUCCAGUUUCCCGCACAUUGCCGGCAUCAUCGUAGUGAAUCCAGAGACGAUGCGAGUGAGCAGCUCUAACAACGUUUUUUCCGCCGCUCUUUUUGGUCAUGCCAGCCCGGAUGGACUGCCAAUUACCGACAUCAUACCCGGAUUCGACAAUAUCUUACGAGUGAUGACUGAUGAGGAUAAGAUUGCGUUAAUCGAUGGCAUCGUCAUUCCUGAGCACAGUUUCCGCAGAGCUCGCGCUCUGCUUGCGCUGAGAGAAGGUUCUGCUGAUGCAGCGGCGAUUUUUUUGCGCCCGAGCGGUCUGCCUGCGAGGCAUAGAGAUGGUGCCGAGAUCAUGAUCGAUGUUCAGAUGCGAGUUGUGAAGUCGGAUCGAGAUCCAAUCUACAACGAGUACGUCGCGGAAGAGUCAAGUCCGUCGGAAUUUCAUGAGAGUGAGGUGCUGUAUGCACUAUGGGUCACGUACAGUCGUCAGCUUCAUGCCGUCAACCACGGGAUCGGCCCUGUGACAACAAUAAUGAGCCGGCCUGGGACACCGCCACACCAGCCGGCGCCGGGCGGUGCACACUCGGAGAUCGAAGCGUCCCCUCAAGCUGCGAGCAUAGCGAAUGCGAAGUCGGCUCAAUCAGACACGAAUCGAUCACAGCGAGCGGUGUCCGCCGUGUACCUCGAGGCGAAGCCGGGCGAUGCAGCAAAUGGCGUUGAUCCGACAGAACCAUAUGAGCAUCCCUCACCGGACUUGAUUGAUGCUGGCGCCACGACAGUCACCAAAAAGAGAAUUGAUGACUUCACGAUACUUGAAGAGAUGGGCCAAGGUGCAUAUGGCCAAGUCAAACUCGCGCGCUACAAGAAAGCCGCAGCGAAGAAGAUGGUCAUCAAAUAUGUCACCAAGCGGCGCAUUCUGGUGGAUACAUGGCACCGAGAUCGCAGGCUUGGCACAGUGCCAUUGGAGAUCCAUGUACUGGACUAUCUACGCAGGGAAGGCAUGCAACACCCCAAUAUCGUUGAAAUGGCCGACUUCUUCGAGGACGAUGUCAAUUACUACAUUGAGAUGGUACCCCAUGGUCUUCCAGGCAUGGAUCUUUUCGACUAUAUAGAGUUGCGUGUGACGAUGGAAGAGAGAGAGUGCCGCAAGAUCUUUAAGCAGGUGGCUGAGGCUUUACGACACUUACACGUCAAUGCCAAAGUCGUGCAUCGAGACAUUAAAGACGAGAACGUCAUCCUCGAUGGCGAAGGAAGCGUCAAGCUGGUGGAUUUUGGGAGCGCUGCAUACAUCAAAUCAGGCCCAUUUGAUGUCUUUGUGGGCACGAUAGAUUAUGCGGCGCCUGAAGUCCUUCGUGGUCUACCAUACCGGGGCAAGGAGCAAGAUGUGUGGGCACUGGGCAUACUCCUCUACACGAUUGUGUACAAGGAGAAUCCCUUUUACAGCAUUGACGAGAUUAUGGAUCACGACCUACGAGUCCCGUAUGUGAUGAGCGAGGAUUGUAUCGACCUCAUUCGGAAGAUGCUCGAUCGGGACGUGGAGCGAAGGAUUGGCAUACAGGCUGUUUUGGACCACCCCUGGACCACAGUCAUAGAUGACACAGACGACGAGGGGACCGGGUCGAACACGCCCACUGUUGCGAUGCAAGCGACAUGAUAUUCGCAUGGAGCAGCAACGAGGCUGAUGUGACUACUCCAUAAUAGCAUCCCUCUAGAUUUUUUGCAUGGCGAUAGCCUCGACGUAGACACCCUACUGAGAACUGUC